AUUCGAGUUGGAAGAAAUUGUUGUUGAUGUGUUUUGUGAUUUUAUUUACAAAACAUGAAUUUAGCUUCCUCCCAUGGUUAUGGAAAUGGCCUAUUGUACGCAGGGUGGAACCAGGACCAAGGCUGCUUUGCUUGUGGAAUGGAAACAGGAUUUAGAGUUUAUAAUGCUGAUCCUCUUAAAGAAAAAGAAAGACAAGAUUUCACAGAUGGAGGAAUUGCACACAUUGAAAUGUUGUUCCGCUGCAAUUAUCUUGCUCUUGUAGGUGGCGGCAAGAACCCCAAAUAUCCUCCAAAUAAAGUGAUGGUGUGGGACGACCUGAAGAAGAAGAACGUCAUAGAACUGGAGUUCUCCAGUGAUGUCAGAAGUGUCCGGUUACGGCGAGAUAGGAUUGUGGUUGUGUUAGACACAAUGAUUAAGGUUUAUACAUUCACACAGAAUCCACAGCAACUCCAUGUGUUUGAGACAGGCAGUAAUCCUAAAGGAUUAUGUGUAAUGUGUCCAAACAGCAACAACUCACUGUUAUCAUUUCCCGGCCGCAAGGUUGGACACGUCCAGAUAGUGGACCUUGCCGAUACCGAGAAGUCUCCUCUCGACAUGGCUGCACACGAGGCCAGUCUCGGCUGCAUGGCCAUGAAUACUCAAGGAACGCGACUUGCAACUGCCUCCGAGAAGGGAACACUGAUUCGUGUGUUUGACACAAGUUCAGGAGUUCGGUUACAUGAGCUACGGAGAGGAACCCACAGUGCUAACAUCUACUGCAUCAAUUUCAACACGGAUUCGUCUUUGAUAUGUGUGUCAAGUGAUCAUGGAACUGUUCACAUUUUCUCAACAGAAGAUCCAAAGAAAAACAAACAGUCUAGCCUUGCGUCUGCUGGUUUCCUUCCAAAAUACUUCAGCUCCAACUGGAGUUUUUCCAAGUUCCAAGUUCCCGGUGGAGCCCAGUGUGUUUGUGCCUUUGGAACAGAACCGAACGCUGUGAUUGUUAUCUGUGCUGAUGGUAGCUACUACAAAUUCCUGUUCAACUCAAAGGGCGAGUGUACGAGAGAUGUGUAUGCUCAGUUCUUGGAGAUGACAGACGACCGCUCAUGAUAAUCUGUGAUAGACUCACGCAGUAGACGGGUACCUUCCUGUCGUACAUCCGACGAGUCUUUUUACAGCGACUGCAGUUCUUUGUUUGCUGGAGGAAGUUAAGUGGUUGGAAGUCAAAUGUGUAACAGUUUAAAGAACAUAUGCAUCAAUCGUUUUUCUUCAACUGUCGACAACAACAAUACUUUUAUGUGCAUAUUGCCAAUGAGUUCUGUGUGCGCAAAUAUUGUAUCAACAGAAUAAACUCAGACAUGUUAAGUUAAUAUUUUUAGAAACUGGUGCAGUUUUGUAAGCAUUUUCAGGGAAAAUGUGUUACAAAAUAUUGUUAUGAAAUUUUCAGCUUGUCUGGCAAAUUAAACUGUAUGCAUUGUAGAUAUUUGUUGGUACAAUCAUGUGUUAAAUAAUGUCAUAGCUCAGCUUGUGCAGUAGCAUUAUACAGGAGCAUUAUACAGUUGUUGUGUGAGGAGCCUCUAAAUAUAUGCAGUUAACUUGAAGCAGUUUGACCGUAGUGUUAGACGAUACUGUGCUUUACUUCACAUGAAUUUCAGUAGGAUAUUUUAUCUGUUUAAAGUAUAGUACUAAUACGAACAUUGUUUUCAGUUAGCUAUACCGGUUAUACACAGUCAAACACAGUGUUAAGAAGACACCAAAGGGAGUAUCGAAACUUUGCUUAAUUAGGAAAGGUGGCUGGUUAAUACAGGUCAGUUUGUACUGCAUUAGAUGACUUGGGAGAGUAAAAAUGUGGCCUCUUAACACAGGUGGCUGGUUACUACAGGUCAGUUUGUACUGCAUUAGAUGACUUGGGAGAGUAAAAAUGUGGCCUCUUAACACAGGUGGCUGGUUAAUACAGGUCAGUUUGUACUGCAUUAGAUGACUUGGGAGAGUAAAAAUGUGGCCUCUUAACACAGUUGGCUGGUUAAUACAGGUCAGUUUGUACUGCAUUUGAUGACUUGGGAGAGAAAAAAUGUGGCCUCUUAACACAGGUGGCUGGUUAAUACAGGUCAGUUUGUACUGCAUUAGAUGACUUGGGAGAGAAAAAAUGUGGCCUCUUAACACAGGUGGCUGGUUAAUACAGGUCAGUUUGUACUGCAUUAGAUGACUUGGGAGAGAAAAAAUGUGGCCUCUUAACACAGGUGGCUGGUUAAUACAGGUCAGUUUGUACUGCAUUAGAUGACUUGGGAGAGAAAAAAUGUGGCCUCUUAACACAGGUGGCUGGUUAAUACAGGUCAGUUUGUACUGCAUUAGAUGACUUGGGAGAGAAAAAAUGUGGCCUCUUAACACAGGUGGCUGGUUAAUACAGGUCAGUUUGUACUGCAUUAGAUGACUUGGGAGAGUACAAAUGUGGCCUCUUAACACAGGUGGCUGGUUAAUACUUGUGCCCACUAGAGCAGGCUUAACUGUACUACCCGGUAUUGUUUAUUUAGCAAGGUGUCGGUUUAAAUUUAGUUUUUAAACAGACUGGACCAAAUAUACAAAGCCUAUUUAUGUUUUACAAGUGUGUAACAACACACAUUUACAAUGCUUCUAAAAAAACCUUGCGUCUAAGAACAAGUUCUAUAAAUUCGGCUGUUAUCUCACCAUAUACAUGUACAGUGGAUGCAAUUUCUUCUGUAGUUUUAUUUUAAAACAUUUCUCUCCUAUGUUAAUCAUUGGUUAUUGUUUCUGGAUCUUUAUGAUUCUGCUAACUUUUCUCCAAGCUGUUUGAUAUUUAUGGAAACCUUGCAUGCAUUGACUGCACAAGAGUUUGUUACGGGAAAUGACUUUUGAUAACAGUAGACCAAAUAAACUGGACAUAAAGUUACAUUUUUGUUCUUGAUUUUGGUGUUGAUGUUUUUACAUCAUAAAAUUUCUGUUAGCUACUACAUUACAAAAUUCUUAAUUUGAUAAAUAUGGUGCUUCUGUUGGAAAUUUUAAUGGUCAGCUGAUUUGACCGCUUUAAGUUUCCAUGUAUGAUGUCAUGGUGUUUACCUCGUUAAUUUAAAAAUUGAAGUUGUGAGUCAGUUAUCACAAGACAUAGUUGUUUUUGAAUCGAUUUAUUGGGGUCAUGACAGAAAUGGAUGACCUAUUACAGAGAGUUAAAAACAGUUGUAGUGUAUUUUAUGGAAAUAUAGAAAUUUCAGCCAAAGGGAUAAAAAAAUAAUAUGUUUAACAUUGCUGUACUUCUGUCUCCACUAUUCACUCAUGCAUGAUUAUUUGUUUUGUAUUUUUCAUUAAAUUUACUAUUAGAAAAUGGGUCGCAUUUUUUAAAAUUAACUAUGUGAUAUAAUAAUAUAAAGACUAUUUCCUUGCAUGCAUCUAAUAAAAAUGUGCCUUUACUGUGGCUCUUUAAUAAAUUAAAAAUAGUUGUACUCCUUUCCUUAAUUUAUUUUUUUUUUUUUUUUUUUUUUUUUUUUACUUUACACUAAUAUUAAGUUUCUGUGCUGAACAUUUUCUUGGCUUAAUUUUAAAAUGUUCACCCUCUUUGUGUUCAAAGAAUAACUUAGCAGCAGAAGUAGCUACUACGAUUAUACAACAACGUAUACAUUCAGGGUAUUACUUCUAGCACAUUUUUUUAAUAAACUUGUUUCAACACUCCUACAACAAUAAUAGCGAGAUAAUUUCAUACCCCCCCCCCCCCCCCCCCUCUUUCCCCAAAUGGUAUGAAUUGGUUAAGAGGGUUUUUAGACACUCUUUGUUUAGGAUUUAUUAUUAUUAUUAUUAUUAUUGUUAUUAUUAUUAUAAUUAUUGUUAUUUUUAUUAUUAUUAUUAUUAUUAUUAUUAUUUAAAUAUUAAGCAAAUUCUAAAUUUCUGUACCUAUUAGUUUGCUGAUAUAUAUAGUAGUGAGUUUUAUGACAUUUCAUACAUGACUUGUACAAUAUGGACAAAUUACAAUACUCAAGUUUUAAAAUCAAAUUCUUUGUCCACUUGUACAUUUCAUGGGCAUUCAUGGGGGAACAGUAUCUGAGAACAAGCAUAGAUUGUUGUUACAAAAUGGCUGCUUUUUGGAUCCAUUUGUGAUUAUGCCUGUAUAUUUUUUGUAAACCUAUUUUUGUAGGAUAUUGUAUGAAUGAAUGUAUCCAUGUUGAUGAAAUGUAUUAAACUGUUGAUUUAAGUAUGUU